AUGGACGUCCCAAUAGCCUCGCUCCCGGGCCUUGCAUCGCAGCACAAGCACCUAUUUGCAAAAGCAGGCAUCCUAUUCCAACCAGACGUCUGGCUUACUGCACCCUCGGAUAUCGCAAAAAAGGUCAAACUCCCCAUAGACGACGUUCAAGCGGCCAUAGACGCGUUGUGUGCUGCCACUGUAAUGAUGCCAAAGCUCCUAGGAGAUAUCAAAGAGGAGCCAUCGUUCUUUACAACAGGAGACGAUAAGCUCGACAAGGCCCUAAGAGGUGGGAUCCGAAUGGGAGCACUGACAGAAAUCGCUGGGGAGUCGGCUUCUGGAAAGACUCAGCUCGCGCUGCAACUCGCGCUAAUGGCCCAACUACCAGGCGCUGAACGUGGCGUUGACUCUGGUGUCGCCUACUUUACAACCACGUCCGCACUCCCAGUGCGCCGACUCACCGAGCUAGCAAAGUCGCAUCCACUGCUCCGCCAGAAGGACGCCAAAAGCCUGACAGACAACGUUCACACUUGCCUGACAUCUACCGUCCCUGCGCUAAUUAGCGUUCUCAAGCACGCUCUUUCAGCUCUCAUCGGGCAAGCGGAGGACUCUGAGAAGCUGCGGCCUAUUCGAGUGCUCAUUCUCGACUCGCUCGGCACUCUAUUCCAUUCCAUGGACAAGACGACAACCGUCACUCUUGAAUAUGGCCAUCAUCAUAGUAAACCAAGCAAGCGAUGUCUUCAGUACUCGGACGACGUUUCACCGAGUCAUGAACAAGAUACAGAGGCUCCACCAGUGCUCCUGUACAAAGAUCAAUCCCUCCACUUUAAUCGGAUGCCCUUGGUGACCACGCGUGAAGCGAUGCUUGGUCUGGUUUGGGCCAACCAAUUAAACACCCGAAUGAUGCUCUCAAGAACAAAGAGAAGAAUGCGGCUCUCUACAAAAAACGGAGAAGCUACAAGCAACAAGCGACGCAAGACGACGGACGCAGACAAAUCGGAACGGUUUACUCGUCUUGCAGCAUUGUGGUAUCUCGAUGAAGAGGAGGAAGAUGAAUUAGAUACCUCUGUCACAAUACGUAAACUUGCGGUUGUGUUCAGCGCUACGUCCGCACCGUGCGUGAUGGACUUUAUCGUCCAAUCUGAAGGAGUUCAGGUGACGGAGGUCAACAACGCAAUCAAGGCUACCGUCACGUCGGUAGCACGAGAAAUGGCGGUCCAGAAAGAUUCAUCUCCAAAGGACGCACCCUUGCCUCUGACCCCUGGGUCACAAGAUGCAAGCGCCACCUCGAGAAGUUUCGCCGAACCUCAAGAAAAUGAUAAGGGAGAAGAAGAGUUUGAUGUGUUUGACGAAGCAGAGUGGGCCUCGUACGGCGAAGCGUUGGGCGACCUGGAAGAGCAGUGGGACACCUCGGAGCCAGAUAAUCAGUCGUCUAUACCUUCAGAUCCAGAAAUAGACGACGACAUUGUACUGGAGAGCAGCGACGUGGAAGAGAACCUCUUAUUAUGA